AAACAGAUCUUAUCGAAAUUUUAUUAUUAUAAUAUUAGUUGAAUAUUGAUCAAAUAGCAUAGAAAAAUAGAGCGAAAGACGCUCUAUCUGUUCAUUAAAAGAGAAAUGUUUUUGAAGCGCUCCUUAAUAAAAUAAAGUACCUCCCUCACUACUUUUGGAUUGCCCUAAGUAGUUUAUUUGUUCGUCUACUGGUAAAUGACACAUAUAGUUUUAUGUUUGCUCUAUGUAGUUUUGGUGCAGCUUUUUAUGCAUUGUUCCCAUUUGUACCGACCAAAAACUAUGAAUUCGCUGCAUUUCAGUCAGAGAAGAUACUCAAUAUUCCGGAACGCACAAUAAUACAUGAACUAACUCAAAUUUUGGUAUCUUGCUUUCUUACUCAGUUGUGGUCGAAAGCUAGACAAAAAAGUUUUUUGAAAUAGUUGCAAGAUUUUUUUGUAUAUAGUGUCCUUCAGUAUAUUUUACUCCAAUCUUACAACAGGUUACAAAAUGUACUUAUUAAUACUAUUUAUCGGCUAAUGUGCGAUUCUGGGUAUUACCAAGGUAAUAUGGGAUAGGUUUUCUUUCAGAAAAGAAAAAUCCAGCCAGAACCAUUGAAAAUAUCCAUAUUGUUUGUUACAAAAUGUAUCUUAGCCUCACUUUACCUCCUAGCCCAAAUAUUGAGAGUUAUACAUUAUUUUUUAUCAUCGAAAUCAAUUACACAAGAACAAGGAUCUGUUAUGUUUAUCACACCCAUACUUGUAAUUAUUACAGUGUUAAACAGUCUAUGGUUAAUGAACAAUGAGCGUACCGAAGGAAUGUUUUGUUCGGGUUUGUCAUUUUCAUUCUGGUUACUAUCAACAUUUGCUAUUAUACCAGAUUUAGUCAUUUAUACAAUUGAAUUUAAACGGGAUAGAUUUUUAUUAAAAGAAUUAACUCGUAUUUGGAUACAAUUUUCACUCUCAUUACUGUUAUUUAUAGCAAACUGUUUUGCGGAACCUCAUGAUUUUCGAAAAACACUUGGAAAAAACAUUUAUCCGGAACUCUAUGUUAAUUUUCCAUCUCGUCUUACUUUCUGGUGGGUUACGAAAUUAGUUAUUCGAGGUUAUAAACGUCCUGUAACAGAAGAUGAUUGUUGGGAUUUAAAUCUAUCAGAAAGAACAGUUAAUAUUGUUGAAAGACUACAAUAUUAUUGGAAUAGAAAAUUAUUGAAUUUUAUUCAUAAUCCGUCACAGCCGGUAUGGCUUGGUAUAUUUUAUGCUUGUCUAUUGGGCUUAGUUGUAUUUAUUCAAACAUUAUUUGUACAAGCCUAUUUUUAUCGACAAUUUCUUGUUGGACUCAGAUUUCGUUCAGCUGUCACCGGAAUGAUUUAUAGAAAAAGUUUAAAAUUAUCAAAUUCAUCGAAACAAACGAGUACUACGGGUGAAAUUGUUAAUCUUAUGGCUAUUGAUGCUCAACGUUUUCAAGAGUUGACAUCUCAUAUUCAUAUUUUAUGGUCGAGUCCAAUGCAAAUAGUUAUUGCUGUUCUUUUACUCUAUAAUCUAAUGGGUUAUUCAAUUUUACCUGGUGUAGUAUUAUUAUUGUGUAUGAUACCAAUUAAUAUAUUCAUACAAAGAAUACAAAAGAAGUUAAUGACGAAACAAAUGCAUUUAAAAGAUCAAAGAAUUAAAACGAUGAACGAAAUUCUUAACGGCGUUAAGGUAUUGAAACUAUAUGCCUGGGAGCCGGCGUUCAUUCUUCGUAUAUCGGAUAUACGUGGAAAAGAGUUAUUAUGUAUUCGUCAAAAGGCGAUUGUCAGCGCUAUAUCGACACUUGUUGGGACAUUUACACCAAUAUUGAUUUGCAUAACAACAUUUGCCGUUUACGUAUUAUCAAAUCAAAAUAAUGUGUUGGACCCUUCAAUAGCAUUUGUGGCAUUAUCUCUAUUUAAUUUAUUAAGACUUCCAUUAGCAGCACUUCCAGACGUUAUCACUAGUAUUGUAGAUGCUCGUGUAUCCGAUGAACGUAUAUCAAAGUUUCUUUCAAACGAAGAAAUUGAUGAAGAAGCUGUACAACGAUUUUCUUCCAGUGAUGAUGAAAAUGUAGUUAGAAUUGAAAAUGGUUCUUUUUUGUGGACGUCAAAUGAACAACGCAACUUAGUAUUAAAAAAGUAUGCUAUCAAUAUAUAUAUACGAAAGGGCUCGUUGUGUGCGAUCGUCGGCAGUGUAGGCAGUGGUAAAUCGUCAAUAUUAUCCGCAAUAUUAGGUGAAAUGCAUAAAGUUGAAGGUCAAGUAAUAGUUAAUGGUCGUGUAGCUUAUGUACCACAACAUGCAUGGAUUACGAAUUCAACAUUAAGAGAAAAUAUUUUAUUUGGAAAAGAUUUAAAUGACAAAGAAUAUAUGCAGGUUAUUGAUUCAUGUGCAUUAAAACAAGAUUUAGAUAUGUUACCACAUGGUGAUCAAACAGAAAUUGGAGAAAAGGGUAUAAAUUUAUCUGGCGGUCAAAAACAGAGAGUAUCAUUAGCUCGUGGUGUUUAUAAUGAUGCUGAUUUAUAUUUACUUGACGAUCCAUUAUCAGCUGUUGAUGCACAUGUUGGAAAACAUAUAUUUCGACAUGUCAUUGGACCUAAAGGUUUACUAGCAGGAAAAACUCGUUUACUGGUUACUCAUGGCAUAACUCAUUUGCAUAAAUGUGAUGAAAUUAUUGUUGUAUCAAAUGGUGAAAUCGUUGAUCAUGGAACAUACACUGAUCUAAUCAAUACAAGCAGAAUAUUAAAAGAAUUAUUGCGCACACAUGUUAUAUCAGAUGAAGCAAAUGAAAGAAGCGACUCAGAGCCCAAAACUCCUGUAUCACCGAACAUUGAAGAUAUUAUUCGUUUUCCUGAAGAUGAUAUUCAAACUGAUAAAAUACCUACUGAAAAAUAUCAAAAACAUUCGGUACCACCUGAAGUUGAUAAUGAAGAAAAACAGAAAUUAAUUAAAAAAGAACAAUUGGAAACUGGCAGUGUUAAACUUGCUGUAUUUGCCGUGUAUUUUCGUGCCUGCAAUACAAUAAUGUGUCUGUUAAUAUUUGUCUUUUUUUGUUUAACGUCUAUUGCUAGUUUAUUGACAAAUAUUUGGCUAUCGAAAUGGACAGACGGGGCUGAAAAUGAACAAAACAACACUGGCUUAAGAGUUAAAGGUUUAAUUAUUUAUUCGGGUCUUGGUAUUGCUCAUGGCUCAUUGACAUUUAUCAUGCAACUUCUUUCACGUCUCUCUGCUUAUCAUGCUGGUAAAAAAUUACAUUAUGCGAUAUUAAACGGUGUUCUCCAUGCUCCAAUGUCGUUUUUUGAUACAACUCCUCUUGGUCGAAUUGUCAAUCGAUUUUCGAAAGAUAUUGAUUCCGUUGAUUCGUCAUUGCCCAAUUCACUUUCGUUAUCAUUAAAUACAAUGAUUUCUGUUGCAGUCACAAUGAUCAUUUUAAUCUAUGGCUCUUAUUUUUCUAUCAUUGCAUUGAUACCAUUAACCAUCCUAUUCUUAUUUAUACAACGUGUUUAUGUUGCUUCUUCUCGUCAAUUACGACGACUUGAUUCAAUCACUCGUUCACCUGUGUAUUCAAAUUUUAGUGAAACUAUUCAAGGUUUAUCAAGUAUUCGAGCAUACAAUGCUCAGCAACGUUUCAUUAAUUUAUCCGAUUAUUUGUUAGACAAAAAUCAGUCAUGUUAUUUAGCCAGCUGUGUUACUAAUAGAUGGUUAAGUCUCCGUUUAGAAACCAUAGCGAGUCUUUUGACAUUAUUAACGAGUUUAUUUGCUGUAUUAAUGAGAAACAAACUGUCAGCAGGAACUGUUGGGUUAACGAUAACAUAUGCGAUGCAAAUUGCCCAAUCGUUAAACUUGAUAGUUCGUAUGACAUCAGAUAUUGAAACUAAUAUUGUUAGUGUCGAACGUAUCAAUGAGUAUUCACAACUUGAAAGAGAAGCACCAUGGGAAAUUCUAGAUACAAAACCACCUUCAAAUUGGCCAUCUAAUGGUGAAAUUCAAUUUGUUCAUUUAUCAACACGUUACAGAGAUGGUCUCGAACUUGUUUUAAAAGAUUUAACAAUUGAUAUUCAAGCAGGAGAAAAGAUUGGAAUUAUUGGUCGUACGGGUUCAGGUAAAUCAAGUCUUUGUCUUGCUCUAUUUCGUAUCAUUGAACCUACACAAGGUAAAAUUAUCAUUGAUAAUAUUGAUAUCACUCAAAUUGGAUUACAUGAUGUUCGAUUAAAAAUUACUAUUAUACCACAAGAUGCUGUUAUAUUUGCUGGCACAUUACGUUUUAAUUUGGAUCCAUUCGGAACUUAUACUGAUGAAGAAAUUUGGAAUGUAUUAGAAUUAGUUCAUUUGAAACAUCGUACAUCAACAUUAGAAAAUGGUUUAUCUUAUCAAUUGACGGAAGGUGGUGAAAAUUUAAGUGCUGGUGAAAAACAAUUAUUGUGUCUAGCACGUGCUCUGCUACGUAAAAGUAAGAUAUUUGUACUUGAUGAAGCUACUGCUGCUAUCGAUAUGGAAACAGAUCGAUUAAUACAACAAACAAUACGUUCAGCAUUUAAAGAUGCAACAGUUUUAACAAUUGCACAUCGUUUACAUACGAUAUUAGAUAGUACAAGAAUUCUUGUUCUUUCACGUGGGCGUCAAGUUGAAUAUGACAAACCAAUAGUGUUAGCAGCAAAUCCAAAAUCAGCAUUUAGUAAAUUGUUAUUGGAUGCUAGUAUUUCACCGUCCGAAUUACAUAAAAUGACUUGA